AAAUUGCUUAUUAAGUUGGAUGUGCGUCAGACGGCCAGUGAUUUUUUUGGAAGUGAAUAAAUUGUUCUUGGGUGAUGUUCAUUCGAGUUAUAGCACUGUAGCCUAGCCAACGUUUAAUAUAUUGCACAUUAAAAACGGGUACAUUCAAAUAAACGAAUUUAAAAGAAAACAAAAGAACCGAAAAAAAAACAUUGCACACAACUGAAACAAAAAACAAAUUAUUUUUAACGUGAGAAUUUUAAAAUUGAACAUUUUUUACGCGGCUAUAAAAGAACUGAUCGUUAAAAUCGAAAACAAAAACCGAACUAUUUAAAUAUCCAUUUAAAACCAAAGUAAUUAAAUUCGUCUGAAUGGACAAAUAAAUAUUUGAAGUUAAAGAAAGAAAGAAAAAAAACCGAAAGAAAAACAACCACUCGUCGGAACACUAACUCGAUCCGUGUUAACUAUAAAAACAAAAAGCUGAAAAACACUUUCCAACAAUUGAUUAGCAAAAUAACCGACAGAACGAAACAAUAUUUGAGCUAAGACAACAACAUGGCUAGCAGACAGAAUUAUUUACCUCGUAGUUUGAUGCUAUACAGUAGUGAUAGUGAUAGUGGUAGUGACGACAGUAUUGUCAAUGAAUUGAAUGUUACACCGUCAAAUGUAUGGGUCUUCGGAUACGGGUCGUUGUGCUGGAAUCCUGGUUUCGAAUUUUCCAAAUGUGUGACCGGUUAUGUGAGAGGAUAUGUGCGACGAUUUUGGCAAGGAAACACGACACAUAGAGGCACGACGGAAAAGCCUGGUCGAGUCGCAACGCUUGUCGAAGAUAAAGAAGGCAUCACUUGGGGUUGUGCAUAUAAAAUUAGUGGAAAUGCAGCUCUGUCCUAUCUCAGAAACCGCGAAUGUACAUUAGGUGGCUACAUAACCGUAUACACGAAAUUCUAUCCACGUUUAGCAUCGGAAAAUUCGGAAUUAUGUGGCGAGGCAUUCCCAGCCCUACUCUAUAUAGCAACGAAACGGAAUUGCCAUUGGCUGGGCGAAGAAUCACUACCGGCGAUAGCGCAACAAAUUGUUGAAUGCAGCGGAAGCAGUGGACAUAACGUUGAAUAUUUGAUAAGAUUAGCGAUAUUUGUGCGGGAUGAAUUGAAUGGUGUGGACGAUGAUCAUUUGUUUGAAUUGGAACGACUAGUCAAAGAAUUGCUGCACAAAGAAAAAAUUAGUUUACUAUCUGUGAUGGGACAUACACCGGAACGAAUUCGACGAGAUUCGCACGAAGAAGUUCGACGACCGAUCUCAUUCGAAUAUGCGUCGAGAGUCCCUGAUGUAAAGUUACGUUGUCUGAAUAUUUAAGUGCGCUGAACGAAUAUAGUGGUGCUUAUCAAAGAUCUUUUAUAAUAUUGAUUCAUUGGCUUUGGCUAUAUGUUCAUAUUCAUAUUCAAUGUAUAUUUGUACUAACGGAAGCUUUCUAAAUUUAAUUGAUGCGCUGUGUUCAAACAGGACACAUUCAGUAGGCGCUUGCAGCUAGUGAAUGAAGGACAAGAAAUAUAAUAUUUUUGUGUGAAUGAUAAUAAAUGGAAAGGCAUGUAAUUAUCGUAGGUUUUUAAGACAUUACGACUUUGAGAGUAAAAUAAUUUUAUAAAAA